AUGGAAUAUCAGCAAAAACUCACCAAGUUUUUGGCCCAAUACUAUAUGAACGGCAACCAGCACUGGAAACCACAUGGGAAACCAUUACUUAACAAGCAGCACUCACAGUAUCACUGGGGUCGUCUGAAUAGAGAACCCAGCACGCUUCUGUUUCCACAGAUCAGCACGCUGAAGGGCAGCAGCUAUAGAGAGGCAAUGGAUAGCCGGCCACCACUGGUCAUCAAUGUGGAUAGCCCUGGACCAGCUGCCUACUCGCCCCCGACCAUGAGCUGCAGGGAGAGCAGUGCUCCAGCCUACACCUUUGGGAGGAAGACACCCCCUAGAGAGGGUGGAGGCCGCAGAUCCUGGCAGAAGUCCUGGUUCCAGAGCAAAAGCCCCUUUACCAGGAAGGCAGAUUUUAACACUGAGAGCGAUUGGCCGUCUCCAUUCCACUACACUCAGCCCUCGACCCUGGGCCCCCGGCAGGCCAGCAGACCAGGGUACCCGAGCUACAGCAUUGGGAGAAAGGGGAAAUUCAGCCUGGUAAGCAAAGAUGCUCAAAUUAAUCCAGCACCAAAUAAAUAUGACACAACACCAGCUUAUUUCCAGGUGCUGCAGACCUCACCUUCUUACUCCAUAAGAAAUCGGCCACAGGGGACUCAUCAAUGGGACAGUUCAGGGAACACGCCAGGACCAGGAUUAUAUGAUGUUGAGAAGGGGCACAUAGCUCGUUUGCCCAGCUCCCCAAGUGUUAUCAUCCAGGGCAUCAGAAGACCUAAGAGACACGAAACCGGGCCCUUCACAACUCUUUGAACAGGAGCUGCAAAGACCAGUAACUUUGCUCAAUUUCCAUCUGCUUGACAGCAGCUAAUGUAGUGUGUUCAUCUAAAGAGGCUCACAAAGUUAACACAGCCUAAGAUUCAUUAUGCCGUAUACUCUAUUACUAAGUUACCUCCCUACACUGUGAUUCUGAUCUGAAACAACCUGUUAAUUCAGAGGCAGAAGUACAGGCCCAGUACACCUAAAAAGCUGUACUGUAAUAGGUAGCUUUCGCUGUUAGAAAUUGAGGAUGCUGCCAUUCACCAUACAUUUACUAGUAAUAAACCCUUGAAAAUUGAAGAUUUGAA